AUGAUAAGUCUAUUUGUUCGUGCAAGCCUUGCACUACUCGUUUUCAACGCAUUGUUGACUCCUGCGGAAGCAUUUCGGAAUAGGGAGACAAACUAUGGCACUUAUGAAAGAGGCUACAACAGUGACAAUGGCUACCCUAAAACAGUAGUUGGUACUUCAUCUGGACUCCCUACACAGCCCCCUACUCGACGAGGUCUAGGCAUAUCGGCAUGGGGUAUAGUAUUCGUAGUUGUGGCCCUCAUCUUGGCCGGAAUGGGACUAUACUACUUUUCCAUCUGCUAUGGUAUCUGCAGACCGACCACGAAAAAGUAUGACAAAAUGGGCAUGCCCACCUUAGCUUAGUGUACAUAUUAUUGCCUGGCUUGGCCCUGUGAUUAGAUAUUUUCCAAGUAUAGGAACUGAACACUGAUAGUGUUGUAACAAUUUUAUAUUCGAAAUUUAUUUAUAGCAAAUGCUGAUCUGUUGUAGCAUGUUAGCUAAUUUGUAAAUUAGUGUAAAACAAGGACUGACAAUGUCUCGAAAAUGGGAACAUAAUUGUAACAUUCCCGCUUAUUAUUAAGGUAAAUAUUAAGAGAAUGAAUUAUUUUUAAAAUAUUAAAAUGUCACAAAUGUUAGAUUUUUACGAAUGAGGCCACAGAGUGAAUGAACAUAUCCUGUAGCAAUUAAAAAAGUAAGCCUAGAAAGUAAGGUUGUGACCUACAUUUACAAUUUUUAUAAGCAGUUAAUGCAUUUUUUGAUAAAUUUUAGGGUGCUACUUACUUUGGGAUAAAUUUAAUGGCUUUAUUAUCACAAAAGACUGUUUCGGACCAAUAAGAAACAAAAUCAUAUACAUAUCUACAUUUUUGUAGUAGUUUAGAUGAUAUUUUAUUCAUAGCGUCUGUACCAUUAACGUGUUCAUUAAUGGUUGGCGGUUUUAAUAAUUAA